AACACACAUAAUAAUUGGGAUGAAGAGACAGAGAGCUGGAAUCACAUGGACUUGUCUUUGAAUCUUGCUGUCUCCUCCUCUAUGCCAUCACAAUCAAAAUCCCAAUCAACAUCUACAUCAUCAUCAUCAUCUCCAUCUUCUUCACCAUUCCAUCAUCCCACACAUUAACACUCCAUUUCUCUCUCCCUUCCCCCAUGGAUGACCAUAACCAUAAGGAGAUGUCUGCUUCUGUUGUCAAUGGGAAUGAUUCCCUCACUGGUCACAUCAUAUCCACUACAAUUGGAGGAAAAAAUGGGGAGCCCAAACAGACUAUAAGUUACAUGGCAGAAUGUGUUGUGGGGACUGGGUCAUUUGGAAUUGUUUUCCAGGCAAAAUGCUUGGAAACUGGGGAGGCAGUGGCCAUUAAGAAGGUUUUACAGGACAGAAGAUAUAAGAAUCGUGAGCUGCAUCUAAUGCGCAUGAUGGAUCAUCCAAAUGUGAUCUCUCUGAAGCAUUGUUUCUUUUCCACCACAAGUACAGAUGAACUUUUUCUUAAUUUGGUGAUGGAAUAUGUUCCAGAGUCUUUGUAUCGAGUCUUGAAGUUCUACAGUAAUGCUAAUCAAAGAGUGCCACUUAUUUAUGUAAAACUUUAUAUGUACCAGAUUUUCAGGGGGCUGGCUUAUAUCCACACUGUCCCUGGAGUUUCCCACAGAGAUUUGAAGCCUCAAAAUAUACUGGUUGACCCUCUUACACACCAGGUUAAGAUAUGUGACUUUGGAAGUGCAAAAGUGCUGGUCAAAGGUGAAGCUAAUAUAUCAUAUAUAUGUUCACGUUUCUAUCGGGCUCCAGAACUGAUAUUUGGUGCCACUGAGUACACUACUUCAAUUGAUAUUUGGUCAGCUGGCUGUGUCCUUGCUGAACUGCUUUUGGGCCAGCCAUUAUUUCCUGGUGAAAAUGCAGUGGACCAGCUUGUAGAGAUAAUCAAGGUUCUUGGAACACCCACACGGGAGGAAGUCCGGUGUAUGAAUCCAAGCUACAAUGACUUCAGGUUUCCACAGAUCAAAGCACACCCAUGGCACAAGAUAUUCCACAAAAAAAUGCCUCCAGAAGCAAUUGAUCUUGCUUCCCGGUUGCUGCAGUACUCCCCAAGUCUUCGUUGUACUGCGCUAGAAGCAUGUGCACACCCAUUCUUUGAUGAACUCCGUGCACCCAAUGCUUGCUUGCCAAAUGGUCGUCCAUUUCCACCUCUAUUCAACUUUAAACAAGAGUUAUCUGGAGCAUCUCCAGAGCUUGUUAAUAAGUUGAUACCUGAGCAUGUGAAGCGGCAGAUAGGGCUACAAUAUGCCCAUUUGGCAGGAACAUGAGGUUAAGCUCCAGGCAUAGUGUAUUCUAGUUAAUAAUUUAACAGGGGUACCAUGCUUGGGUUCUGGAUUGCUGCAGUUGAUCCAUCACUUCAGUCAGCAUAUGCCUUCUAAAUCUCUCUUGUUUCCCCAUGCCAAUAGCUUCUCCCUUCCAUGUUUAUAGUAAAUGUCUAACUCUAGUGUGGUUGGCCUGGAUUGGUAACAAUGCUUUUGUCAAGGGAAAACUAAAGCCUUACCUGGAAGGAGAGUCCCAGAUAGAGGAUGGAUCUUGAUGGUGGACAAUGUUGGUUGUUGGGUUUGGCUUCCUCACCUCACCAUGUCAAUAUGUGACUGACUCGCCAAUCGCCAUGUAGCAAACAAGUUCCUUGUGAAAUGUAAUAAUGUAUGUUUCUCUUCAAACACCCAUUUUAUUUUAUGGAUUCUUUAAUAUUUCAUCUGUUGUAUUGGGGGGGUUUAUGCAAAGAUUUCUUCUCCGUACUCCCCUGCACCAUGUAUUCUGAACUUGAGCUUGUGGACGUGAUUAAUCAUUUUGUUUUU